CUUCAGGGUUUCUCCACGCCUGCGCCUGCGUUUGACCGAGAAGACGAUCACGACUCUAUCUGAAGACCGUCCCGAUGAGAAAUCCGUCUUGUCAAUCAAAUCGGCGGUUUGUUUGAUUGUUUGUUUUGACCAUCUGUCUUUUCCCGGGCUCUACUGCCUCGGGGUCUCUCUCGCAUGCCUGCCUAUCUCGAGAAAGUGUCAUCCAUCAUGACCACAUCAGAUUCAUAGCCUGUGCCAUUACUGGAAGGCUCGUCCCUCUCCUACCGCCACAAUGUCCUACUUCAUUCCGUCCUACUUUCAAAAGAGGCUUCUCCGCUAUGCUCUGACUCGCCUCGACUUCAUCGACUCGGAAGGAUUGGACCUCGACAACCUUGGUCUUACUUGGGGCCAGCGGACGGUCGUAGAACUGAAGAAUGUCGGCAUCAAGGUCAAGAGACUCAUCAAUGUCCUGCACUUGCCGUCCUCGUUUACCCUCACACAUGCCUCGAUCAGAUUACUACGGCUCACGCUCCCGGCAGACCUGCACGUUAGUGGCAUUGAAGUUGAAGUGGAAGGCGUGGAGAUGGUAGUCGGCAUACGGCCAGAGACUACACAAGAGCAUGACACAGCACGUUCAAGAGCAGAUGAAGCCCCAAGCAGAAGUGACCGUGCGACCCUCCCCCGAAUAUCGUCGCCAGCCGUGCACGAUCCGGGCGGUCGCCGUUCACAACGUGGAGACGGAGGGCACCUGGAGAUUUCACAAGUCAUUCCGACUUCCGAAGAUCUGGCCAACUCCUUCCUGCAAGCCGAGUCACCGGACGAAAGAGAUGAACUACAGGCCGUUCUCGAGUCACAGUCUCAGUAUAUGCAGGAGUCGGUGGCAUCCUCACAAGGCGAGGAAGUCGGACUGGGCAUGCCUGGUGGACUGUCACUGCCUACAUUUGUCGCCAAUUUCCUGAAUGAUGUCGCAGACCGGUUGUCUGUCAAGAUAAAGGACGUCAACGUGGUUGUGGAACUAGACUUCUCCAGGUCUGGGGUUCCCCCAGCCGACAACAUCAAAUUCAUGCUUGCGAUAGGCAAUAUCGCCCUGGAUCCGCUGCAACGGGCAGAUAGCACUCACACGCAACCCGACUCCCGACGAUCAGUAAGAAUAGACGAGUUUCAGUUUUUCGCACUUUCUGAGUCUGAGACAUUCUCAGAGUUCUCGAGUUUGAGCUCUCCCAAGCUGACCAAAUCACGUCCGAGGCUCGUCCAUCCUAGCGACCGUGGUGAUAAUAGCGACACUGGGCAAUCUAGCAGUGGAAUUCUCAGUCAACGUUCAGAUCGGUCACCGCCAGCUUCGUUAAGCAAUUCUCGCUUCGGCCUGGGCCUUGACGAUGCCUUUUUGGAAGACUCGGGAGUCUUUGAGCGACACGCGAGAGGCAUUCCGAAUCGGCCGGGGUCAUCGGACAGAUCGACACCGGUGGACAAUCGGGCUCAUGCAGAGGAUAUGCUCGGAUCGAUCAACCGUAGGAUUACCGCAGAGCAGAGCUAUCAGGUACCCGACGCCGAGAAUCUGGAAGAGUCGAAGAUGUUCACCCAUGAUGAAGCAGAGAGCAUGUACAUGAGCGCUGUAAGUGGCGGUGUGGACAUGCCAGGCGCUUGGGGAUGGUCAGACACCUCUAGGCAGGAACCCCAAACGAAAGCGCCUGAGCGUAAGGAGGAAGCUUUACAGACACGGCAGCCAGCAGCCGACACAUCCACGAAUGUCAAUGAGGGCAAGAUCGAGGCGCGUGAAGAGUCCCGUUCCGGCUUGGAACGUGAGGCAUCGCGCGGCGAAAGCAUACUUGACAAUAGCUUGUCCCCUUACUACCGCUCCAGAAUUCUGCAUCUCGACACCUUGCGCUUGAGGAUUCCGCAGCCAAGCCGUGCAGAAGCUUUAGCAGAAAGACAAGAGCCGGCAGUGUCAUCUCGCCCUUCUCGCAAUUCUCAAAUCCGUCCAACUCGUCCUGACUCUUCGAAAUUAGUGGAAAGUACGUUUCUCGAUGGCCCGCGGCUUCAAAAUUUACGUUCACAACAGCAAGCUCCAUCUCUACAGCAAACAAGCCAAGCCCUUGGUGUAGAGGUAGGAGAAAUUACCAUCGAUCUCGAUAUCAUGGUCAGCCGGAUCCUGGUCAAAGCUUCUCAGGUCAUUCCAGAUACUUUGCCCAAGUCACCAGUGGAGCCGAAGUCCGCGACGACUAAGACCAAUACGGAGGUUCCGGCUAUCAAUGUACACAAGAUUACAUUCUAUUUCUGUGAAGCGGUCACUAAGAGGCCGCCAACGAAAGUGCCUCUCCAGACUAUCGAAUCUAUGAUAGCCCAUGAGACGACGCUUCUCAAACUGUCCUUGACCUCAAUAUCUCUUAGCAACCUUGAAGGUGCACAAGGCGGUCAACGGCUAUCGAUCUCGAACAUUGUCGCCACCCAUGGCGACAGAGAGGUUCUGUCAUUUGUCGAUUCAAUCAACGUCCGAGAUUCAAUAGCGACGAGUUCUGUGCUGAAACCAUUUGAUUUCCUGGCCACUAUGACUGGAAAUCGGUACGACGUGCAGAUCAAACCUGUCCACAUUGUGCUGGAUCUUCUGGUUAUAGAUGAUGUGCUUAGCAAAAGCGGGGGCUUGAGCUCUCUUCUGGAUCUAGGCAAUUCAAUUGUAUCGACGCACACUGUGAAGGGUUCUACAGCCCCUGUAGCAGAGGUCCCAAGGCAACGAACGGUCAGAUUCAACGAUCCUCAGAGGAGACCACGGGCAGAGAGUGAUCCGUCAUCGACCUUGCCUAAGGUUGAUGUUCGUAUCUCGGGCGCGAUUCUCGAUCUUAUUGGAUCUGAGUCCACUGUACAAGUUAAGACCUCGGCCAUCAAAACAGCUUAUCGCCAAAAUAACGUGCGCCUGGUCAUUGAUGGUGCAGCAAUAGCUGGACCACUUUUUGCCGGCUCUAGAUCACGCAGUGACGUCUAUGCUAAGAUCCGCCAUCUUGAAUUGCACUAUUCAGACUCGCCAGAUGAUGAUGAUCUAGACAGGCUUUUGUCGCUUAUCACACCAUCCGGAGACAAAUACGACCAAGAAGACGAUAUCAUGGUCGACACGUUGCUACGACAGCGUCGCAAGGGAGGCGUGUUGCGCUUGUCAAUUGGAGAUUUACAGGCGGGAGCCGAGGGCCUGCGCUGGAUGCCUCAUUUGACCAAGGUCACAGAUGAAAUCUCGAAGCUCUCAUCCGUCACGAAAUAUCUUCCUGAAGACGACCGCCCUGGUAUCCUCACAUUUGGACUGAUCAAGAAGAUUGAUUUCCGGUUCGAUGUAGACGAGGAAUUUGGUCCCAUCAAGCUCAAGGCCGACCUUGUUGAGGGCGCUCACAUCAAUGUGCCUUCACUUGCUGCAGCCCAAAUUGCCACCUGGCAUCUUUCUCGCGGCGACAAGGACUUGAUGAUUAGCGAAGUGAUCUCGCAAGACCGCACUGUUAUGGGACCUCCAAUGUUUAUGUGUCGCUUCAUUGCGGAUGAAAUGGAGCCCACUGUUCGGAUGAAGCUUUCGAAUACGUGCAUCGAGUACAAAGUGCCGACAGUCAUGGCCAUAUCUGCCCUGACGGAGCGGCUGAAAGCCAGCGCGCCGCCUUCUGUGCCGAGCCCACAAUCGCAGCCGUCGAGCCCUUCGGCAUCCAGCAAUGUCGACGCCAACAGCUUAGCGAGGAAAAUUCGAUUCUUUCUGGCCUUCAGAGACUCUGCCAUUGCGUUGAACCCGGACAAAAGCCCUGCCAAAGGUUUGUUCGUUCUGACUGAUGCUGCGAUACGGCACGAAAACGAGAAACGGGGCUCGACAAAUAACCUCGAUAUAAAAAAGGCCUCGCUGUUGAUCAUCAAUGACGCUUCAACAGUGGGACAAGAAUCGGCCAACGUUGACCACAAGCUCUAUUUCGAAGAGAACGAUCAGGUGCAACAGUUGACCAAGGCCGGUUUCGUGCCCGUAGGGUCUAUGUCUUCGGCAUCGGCAGUUGUCAAAAUCGCAGCAGACAAGAUCACACAGCAGGCUCAGCUCGACAUCGAGUUUCGGAACAAUCUCCUUUUCCUUGAGACCUGCGCUGACUCAACACAAACAAUGAUCCAGAUUCUCAGCGGGCUAUCGCCGCCUGUGGCCCCUUCAAAGGUUGCCAAGUUCCGCACCGAAAUUGUCCCGAUCCAGGACAUGCUGGCUUCUUUCACCGGCAAUGCAUUUGUCACUGAGCCUGGACCAGAGCUUGGACUCCAAGCCUCGCGGACGAGCAUUACUGAGAAAUCUGUCGAAGCAGCAUCGCUGUCAGAUGAUGAGGAGGACGAACAUGAUUCCCUAAGGGAUAUGUACGGUGAGGCUGAGGACGCGGAUGAUGAAAUGACAGCAAGCCAUGUGGAGUCCAAUCUUGGUCGCUCUGCAAUGUCUGAUUCUAUUCACAUCGCUCCGGUUGAUGUUAGAGGAGCCGGUACUGGUGAUGCGAGUGAGAGCAUCGUGAUGCACAGUCUACUGGAUCUCAGGACUGACCACUUUGCACCCAAAUCAUCCGUGGGUGGAACUGCACAUCGAUGGAACUCGGAGCAAAAUACCUAUGGUUUGUCUAGCGACACAGUUUUCGAACGUUCUCCGGUGAAGGUCCGAGUCAGAGACGUCCACGUUAUCUGGAAUCUCUUUGACGGUUACGAUUGGCAAUUAACACGAGACAAAAUCUCGCAGGUGGUGAAGGACAUUGAGACAAAGGCCAUGGCAAGACGGCCGAGGAGCAGUAGUCGCACCGCCGGAGCUGAAGAAGAGGACGAGUCCGUGAUUGGAGACUUCUUGUUCAAUUCGAUCUACAUUGGGAUCCCCGCCAACAAGGAUCCGAGAGAGCUUGCAGCGACCAUCAACCACGAUAUUGACGACAUGGUAAGCGAGACUGGGAGUUACGCGACGGGGACCACUGUGACGGCAACCACGUCGCAUCGCCAGUCCAAUACUGUUCCUCGGCAGAAAAGACUCAAAUUGAAUCGAAGCAAACAUCAUAAAAUGGCUUUCGAGCUCGAGGGAGUGUCUGCCGAUUUCGUGGCCUUCCCCCAGGGGGGCGGCGAGGUUGAAAGCUCGGUAGACGUUCGGAUCAGGAAGCUCGAGAUAUUUGACCAUGUCCCUACGUCAACCUGGAAGAAGUUUGCCACGUACAUGCAGGAUGCGGGCGAACGAGAAAUAGGUACCAACAUGGUGCAUAUUGAGCUCCUGAAUGUGAAGCCAAUUGCGGAGCUUUCGGCCUCUGAAAUGGUGCUCAAGGUCACGGUUCUUCCGUUGAGACUGCACGUCGACCAGGACGCAUUGGAUUUCAUGAGCCGUUUCUUUGAGUUCAAAGCUGACAGCGCACCGACAUCCGAUGUACCUUCGAAUCCGCCCUUUUUACAGCGGGUUGAGGUGAACGCUGUCCAAGUCAAGCUGGACUUCAAACCUAAACGAGUUGAUUAUGGUGGACUGCGCUCAGGACGGACCACCGAGUUCAUGAAUUUCUUUGUGCUUGACCGUGCAGAUAUGGUGCUACGCAGAGUCAUUCUCUAUGGAGUUUCUGGAUUUGAUCGCCUUGGAAUCAUGCUCAACAACAUUUGGAUGCCGGAUGUCAAACGUAACCAGCUUCCUGGAGUUCUUGCCGGGUUAGCACCCAUACGUCCCCUGGUCGACGUCAGUAGCGGAGUCCGAGACCUCAUUGCAGUACCUAUCCGUGAAUAUCGCAAAGAUGGAAGACUUGUGCGAAGCAUCCAAAAAGGCGCCCUCGCCUUUGCUAAAACAACAACGACCGAACUGGUCAACCUAGGCGCCAAGAUGGCCAUCGGUACGCAACAAGUCUUGCAAAACACAGAAGGGCUUUUUGUCCAAGGAGAGCAGAUCCAAGAUCCAGAUGAAGACGAUGAAGCUACGAAACAGAUCUCUCUCUAUGCUGAUCAGCCAGUCGGUAUUAGGCAGGGUUUGAGAACCGCCUAUGGCAGUUUGGAACGAGAUCUGCUGAUUGCAAAAGAUGCCAUCGUGGCCGUACCUGGGGAAGUGAUGGCAAGUGGCAGUGCCAAGGGAGCACUUGCGGCAAUAUUGAAGCAAAGCCCAACCAUAAUUCUACGACCGGCUAUUGGUGCCACGAAGGCAGUUGGGCAGACACUGAUGGGAGCAGGCAAUAUGCUGGACCGACAGAACCUGAGGAGAAUUGACGAGGUAUGUGGUAUUGCAUCAUCCAGGUUCACUUCGUUGGUGCUAACGUACUCCGCAGAAAUACAAGCGACAUUAGUUCUGCGUUGUGCCCUGGGAUUCGGUAUUUGCAAUGAGCCUCUUUACGCGCGGUUACCCUCGGCGGUCAGGCGCCAACUCUCAAGCUGGAACCGCGUAUUGCUAUUCACUUGACGCAUUUAAGCAUGGCGCACAUUGACCUAGGAUACAGCAUCGUUGAUGGUAGGCAUUUGUCUGUUUAUGUGUUUGGCUUGUCGAAGGCUUAUGACGAAUGGAUGAAAUGAGACGACCAAGAUUUACGAAGCACGCGAAUCAUAUCAGCAUUGGAUAAAGAGAAGUUGCGUGGUCUUCAGUGUGAUAACACUCGGGGUGGCGUUGGUUGAUUGAAUAUUCGAAUGCACCGCCCUGCGACCGGUCAGGGGCACAAGUACAUUUUUUGCCAUCCAUAGCUAUCAAUGUUGUCAUAUAAAGUAUACUUUAUUCUUCC